UCUAAUUUACGUCUUAUUGAGAUUGUUGUAGAAACACGAACGAGCGAUCUUUAGAUAGGACUGGUCUUGACCAUUCACGGCCCCUGUCGCGAGAGGGGGGCCUAUGUAAUAGUUGAAUUUCUUACCAGUCAAAAACUGCAGAUCGCCCUCCACGCAGCUGGCUAAGCAUCUGCCCAGCGCUCGCCGCGAGGCGCAAUAGACGUAGGGAUGACGCCGAUUGAGUCAUCCGGUAUUAUUACUACAUGAGAGAUAUAGAUUGUCAUAAACCGGGCAUUAUUAACAGUCGGCUUAAAUCAGUCUCCGAAGUCAAUCUGUCUCAUAUCUUUCAACUUACCACUUUUCAUAUUCGCUCUUCAAUAUGGCAGAGAAAGACAAAAAGUCAGAGGGGGCAUGGCUAGAGGAAGAUGAAGAGGGCGCUCUCUUCCCCUCGCCAGAGGAAAGUCCCCUCUUCGACGGCCCUGAAAUCCUCCACCCGUACGAAAUCCACGCUUUAAAAGUGGAAGAGAAGGUAGAGGCAAUCGUGCAAGACGACACGCUCGACGAGCCGGCCAAAAUCGACGCUAUCGCCGAGCUACGGAAUUGGUUCAGCGGCUCGACUGAGACCAUUGACGCUUUUCUUGCCGGCGACAUCGAUACCGAGACUGCUGUUACUAAGCUGGCUGCACCUAUCGAGAAGGCGUUUUCGACGGCAGAUUAUGGCAGGGCGUACUACUAUGCGGAGAUGACGGCGCGGAAUCAGAGGUCGUUUGGUAACCCAGAGAAGGCGCUUGAGCUGUGGGGUCCCGAAGAAGACUGGCCCGAACCCUCCCUCCCCGCCAACGAAACCGACAUCGACAGCACAGAAGGCCACCUCUGGUCCCUCUGGUACGGGAUCCUGCACGCAGCCAAGCGCAUCCCCUGGACCGACACCAUCCAACAAGAGCGCCUCCUCGCGCUCGUCCAAGCCCUCAAACAGCGUCCCGACCCACCCGCACCCUCCCCCAUGACCAUCCCCCUAAAACGGAACUGGAUCUGGGAAAGCGGCACCCUCUGGAGCACGCUCAGCAUGCUGGGCCCCAGCGCGCGCGAGGCCUGGAACGACUGCUGCGGCUGCGGCGCGGGCUGGACGGUCCCGGAGCAACACGCGUGGACGAACGUCAACGCGUUCGUCGCGCGCCUGGUCGCCAGCGGCACGAGCGGCACGUUUGCGCUGUACGGCGACUGGGCGGUCGGCGAGGCCGUGGAGAACGCGCCGCGGAGCGAGGGGCUGCACGUCAAGGCGCCGGCGAUCACGCAGGCGACGGUCAAGAUCACCGUGGCGUGCGUCUGGCUCCAGAUCGCGGGGCGGUAUAUGUGGAAUCUGCGCGCGGACGAGGGGGUCUCGCCGGAUUUGAAGGUUGGUGAUUUGGGGGCGCGGGAGAAUAAGUUGCCGUGGUAUGGGCAUAAGAAGGGUGCGGGGGAGAUGAGGCGUUGUACGGCGAGGUGGGAUUUCUGGCGGAGGAGAUUGCAGCAGGAGGGGGAGAAUGAGGAGUUACCGGAGGAGGUGAGGGAGUUGGCGAGGGGGUCGGCGGAGAUUAUUAGGAAGUUCUUUGAGGGUUAUUGAGGUUGUUUGUUUGCGAUGUUGGGUUUGGAUGUAUUGCUUGAGACCUAAUGAGAUACCCUCUUUUCUCGCCGUGCCUUGGGCGGUGUUUUCGGUUUAUUACUUACUUUUACGAUAAGUUACUUUGAAGAAUUACAUUUCGUGUGAGCUUUCCUUUGGUGAGGUUAUUAAAACAUGUUGGGAGGGCAUCUAGGGCCACUGAAGUCGUACAAGUGAAAUACUGAUGGUGGUUUGGUGGGUAGGUCUUACAUAGACAGGUUCUCAGAACCUUGGGAGCAAACACUAAGUACGGAGACUUAUAGAUAUUAGAAUUUUAAAGUCUUUGGUUAUAUGUUCAAUUGACGGUCAUAAAUGAAAUCGUAAUACCCAGCGGAAACGAGAAUUGCCUUCUAGACCCGUGGCUGCUGGGGAUACACUAAUACAAAAACUAUAUGGGAAAAGAAGCUGUUAUGUUUCUAUCUUAGGUAGGUAUCUACUAUGGUAGUGAUGUUAAUUGUAUAAGCCGAUAGAACUUAUAAGUUAGUAUCACUGAGAAAGACUAAAGGAUAUCAUCUUUCCACGCUACUACAUGUAACCAGUACUAAAGAAAACUAGGUAUAAAGUGAAUUUUAAGUACCUGUUCUUAUAGAUACACCCCUAUCAAGGGAUAUAUG